AGUAGGGGAGGAUGGCAGCGGAAUGGAGCGCCGGCGUUUCGGCCCAGCAGACAGUGACCCCCGCUUAGCAGGCGUUGCAAAUCGAGUACCAGGAUUUAGGCCUGCAUCACUCGGCAGACCAUGGCGGGGUACACCAAUGACGAACAGAGAUGAAGAAGCACCACAGGUGAGUUGUGGUGACGCGGCCUUGCGAGAGGCGAGGGCGGAGCUUACAGAAGUCCGAAAACGCUGGCAGACUUUCCAGGUGGAGAUCGAGUCCCUACAUGCCGUGGAGCGCAGUCUGCAGAGCUCUCUACGACACACACAGCGUCAGUACUCACAUCAGCUGAGGGAUCUGUCCCGAUCUGUGUCCCAACUGGAGACUGAGCUGGAGGAGGUGCGUGAAGGACUCGCCACUCAAAAACAACACCACAGUCAGCUGCUUAACACCAAAAUGAGGCUGGAGACAGAGAUCGCCACCUACAGGAGACUGCUGGAGCAUGAGGAGGGCAGGUUCCUAAGUGUGGACAGUCAGGCACAGAAGCUGAAGCCCUGGAGACCCUCGACUCAGCAGAAUGGGGUUUGUAACGGGUUUGAGAUGGAUGUCGACCAAAUCACCUUCACUGUCAAAUCAGCCAAUCAGAGCCCAUCGUUGCACCGCCCGGACGGUCUCGUCAUCCGCACAGAGCCGAUAGAAUGCAGUAAUGGUGAGAUCAGCACAGUGAAGACCAAGGAGAUCGUGAAGGGCGAUGUGGUCCAAGAGAGUGCAGAGGGACACGGGCGAGUAGAGACGGAGAAGAUCGAUAAAGUGAUUAAACAGUGGGAAGGAUCGUUUUUUCAAGGCAACCCCAAACUGAGGAAGAAAUCGGUGUCUCUGCGCUUCGACCUCCACAUGGCCGUGGCAGAUGAGGGACGAGCUCAGAGUGAACAGUACAGUUUACCAGAUGUAGAAGUUCGUCUGGUGAUGAAACGAUCUCGGAGCAUCCCUUCUAUAACACAGUGACCUUAUAUAGAAAGCCAAUGGGGUCAAAAUGUGUGCAGGUUAAUAUCACGUAUACUUACACACCUGAAUCGUGUGUGCCAAUGUGGGAAAUGUGUUCGCCUAAAAAAAAAGAACCUGAUCAUGUUACACUUGGGUUUUAUGCCUGUGUAUGGUGGCAAAAAAAAAACCUUCAGUAUUUAUCAUUAGGACGAGAAAAGUAAAUCAUUCAAGUACAUCGAACGACAUGCUGAAAGGUUUAUUUUUUCUGCCUGGCCGCAAAACGCCACCAUACCGUGCAGUUCCACCUGACAUGAUGAGAUUCUACUGGAGGUUAUGAGAAAUACUGACUGUUCCUUCCUACAGUGCAGUCUGAUACUGUAAUAUUUUAUUAAUGCUUCAGCUUUUGUGUUGUAGGUUUUCAUUUAAAGUCGCAGCCGGCGUGAGUAUUAUGUUUCUGGUUUGCUUAUAAGUUGUUUUAACCAAAGAGAAAAUGAACAUGAUUGUGCAUCUGUUUAUUCUAACAGCAAAUCUGCUAAAGCUAUUAUAUGGAAAGCCAUUGGGGUCAAACUGUGCAGAAUUAUCCAUGUUGAAUACAGAUACAGACGCGUGUAGCAGUUAGGACUGGAUAUAUGUGCUUCUUAUGCCUUAUACAUAUCAAAUAUAAUUAGGAAAUGACUUCUCACUGCAGAAUAACGUCUUGGAUGGCAGGACUUGACUGUGCUGUGUCUGAUUACAUUUUGACUCUUGAUUGUAAAUGUUAAUGGCAAUAUUAAAAUUAGCUUUUCAAA